CCGUCUUCUGCGCAGGCGCAGAGUGCGCGUGACGCUGUGAGGAGGAGGAGGAGAAGGAGGCGGCGGCGGCCAUGGCGCUGAACAGGAAUCACUCGGAGGGCGGCGGCGUCAUCGUUAACAACAGCGAGAACAUAUUGAUGACCUAUGAUCACAUAGAAAUUACCUUCAGUGAUAUUGAACCUAUGCCAGAUGCCUUCAAAGGGACCAAGAAGGGGAGUGUUUUUUUGACUCCCUACCGAGUUAUCUUUGUAUCGAAGGGAAAGGAUGCUAUGCAGUCUUUUAUGAUGCCCUUUUAUUUGUUGAAAGAUUGUGAGAUUAAGCAGCCUGUCUUUGGAGCAAAUUAUAUCAAGGGUACAGUGAAAGCAGAGGCAGGAGGUGGCUGGGAAGGAUCUGCCACGUUCAAGAUGGCCUUUUCGGCUGGGGGUGCUAUCGAGUUUGGGCAGCGUAUGCUGCAGGUGGCAUCGCAAGUCUCCAGAGGUGAAAUACCCAAUGGAGCUUACGGCUAUUCCUACAUGCCAAAUGGAUCCUAUGCUUUUGCACCAGCUGCAGCUAAUGGGGGCUAUCCGUACCCCCCACCUCCUCCUGAGUUUUAUCCUGGGCCCCCUGUGGUGGAUGGAGACAUGGGUUACAUGCAGCUUCCACCCCCACCGUACCCUGGGCCCAUGGAACCCCCCGUCAGCGGCCCAGACCUGCCCACCACUCCUGCAGCUGAAGCAAAAGCUGCCGAAGCCGCUGCCAGUGCUUACUACAGCCCAGUCAACCCCCAUAACGUCUAUAUGCCCACGGACCAGCCACCCCCUCCUCCAUACUUCCCACCAGAGGACAAGAAAAACCAAUAAACUAACACAGAACUCCACAACUCGUUGCUUUCUUACUUCCCAUUUUGGCAGAAUCUUGGCGCUGAGGAAUAGAGCCUUCCCCCAGGGCACCUAGCUUUCUUGGACUCUGGUGGUAGAUAUCUGCAGAGCAAGGGGAGAGAUUUCAGCAGCCUGGGUUACCUGGUAGAGCUCUGAGCGUUUGCUGUCCUACUGCAAUAUUCCCUUCUCCCUGUGCGCGACAUCGCUAGAACUGCAGGUUCUCUUCAUCUGUGAUUGUUUCCCUUGUGUAUGUUUCUUUUGAUAAUUUAUACCUCUUUACAGUAAGUAACUGCUCCAAACUGAUAAUUAAUGUGCUCAUAACAUGGGAACAAGGCUCUUGGGAGAGUGGGGGGUGUCUUGAAGUUACUUCAGUGUAGAGUGAAGAGCAUGUCUGGGUAUUCCUUUCAACUCAGAGUAUCACAUCCAGCUUUUCCCUCUGCUACCGAGAAAGAGCUUCAAAGGGAAACUUUGGUAUCUUGAAGGAAAUAGAUAUCUAUUAAUUUUUCCAGAUAUCUAUUAAACUUGGGGUUUUUUGUUUUUUGUUUUUUUUGGUUUUUUUUUUAGCAAAAUCAUUCCUGACAAUCGUAGCAAAUAAUCUGGUAGCCCUCCAAAUUCUCCUGCUGUGCACAGUGUAUGAUGAUGGUGACAAGCUUCCCUUCUUAAGAAAACAUACUACUCUUUACAGGGUUGAUUAGUAGCAUGUAACUAAUUAUAGAUCGUACGGGAACACUAAUUUUCUGUUGUCUCUUUUUUUUCUGGUUAGAUUUGUGGGCUUGAGAUCACUAAGUCCUGACUAUUCUCUUUAUAGUCUAUAAUGCACUUUUUUCUUUGCUGUAACACCAAUUACACUUUUUGGCCAGUGAAGCAUCUUACUGCUGUGAUUUAAUGGGUGAAUUAAUAGCUAAUGGGGAGAAAAUAGUUGCUUUAUUUCUGCCCUGGAAGCACUCGAGAGAAUAUGCAAAAUGUUGGAAUAAGCUGUUAGGUACAACUGAGCUGCUCAUUUGUAUGUUGUUUAAUGCUAUUAGUGUUCCUGGAUCAGCUGUGAAUUUACUUUGGGCUCCUUGGACUGAGAGUUCAAGCGUUUUCCUUCUGUAGCACUGAUUCAUUGAUAUCAUUAGCAAUGACCCCAGUAUGCAGAACCUCUGCAGGACGGAUCAGAUUCCAGGUUGUAAAACUUUGCAUUGUACAAAGCUUUGCACAAACCAGACUUCACUGAAUUCUGACAGCUGAAAGAAAAUCCUUCCCAGCAAGUGUGAAGAAAGAUCGUGUGCUAGGAAACUGCUGAGACUGGCUGCAUGCAACCUGCUUGGAGAGAAAAAAGGUCCACCUCUUGUUUUCUUUUUGAGUUUUGCUGAUUAAUCAAAUUGCUACUGUCCGUGCACUGACUUUUCUAGAAUUGCUACUGCAGUGAUGUAAAGAAAUGGUUAUUUUAAAAAAAAUAUAUUUAUUUUGAAAAUGUUUGAUUAAUAUAUUAAUGUGAAAUGACUUUUGAAUGCAGAUUUGUUUUGCCAAGACUGUGAAGUAAAGAGAAAUCAGCUCAAAA